AUGUCACAACAUCAAACUAUAUCUGAUUCAAAAACUACUAAGUCUACUCACAAGGUUAGCGCUCCUUCCAUGGACAUUCACGAUGAUGAGAUUUUGGAUGUGGUUCCUCUAUCAAUUAUUCCCUGCGAAGCCCUUGAUUUAAACCAUCCCAUGGAUGCCUCAGCUCCUACAUGCCCCAAUCAAGGACAUUCUGUGAAGGGAGUCUCUACUCCCCUGUCUAAAAUGUACUCCUCUCUUGAGGUUGCACAACAUAGUGAGAAGAAUAACGAUUCCUCGAAUUCUGAGAAGGACAUGGCUGCUAAAGGUUUGUGCUCUCUAGGGCAAACUGUGUCUGGUAAAGGAAAAUCUGUGGCAUCUAAAACUGCCAAUGCUUCCCAUUCUGAGAAGCAAGAUGUUGCAGACGAUGUGAUUGACCUAGAGGAUGAUAUGUCUUAUGAGCAAGAGGAUAGCUUACUUCAUCACUUAAAGCUAAGUGUGGCUAAGCGUAUGAAGACCCGAAAAGGAAGAUCUGUGGCUGAAAUGAUGGUGGUUGUGGAAAGGGAGUUAGGAAAGGAUGCUGUUGAAGUCAAGGAGGUCAUAGACCUAAUAAAGACUGCUGGGUUGAUGAAGACUAUGGUUGGGUUCUCUCAGUGCUAUGAGGGUUUGGUUAAGCAAUUCAUUGUCAACAUUCCUGAGGAUAUUGCUGAUAAGAACAACAAGGAAUUUUGCAAAGUAUUUGUCAGAGGUAAGUGUAUCACAUUCUCUCCCACUGUCAUUAACAAUUUUAUGGGAAAAAGAUUCGAGGGUGCAGGUGAAUUGGAAGCUACAGACAAUGAGGUAUGUAGAGAAAUUACAGUAAGGCAGGUGAAAGGGUGGCCUAUUAAAAAGCAUCUUCCUGAUGGGAAGUUAACUGUUAAGUAUGCUAUAUUGCAUAAAAUAGGAGCUGCAAAUUGGGUGCCUACCAACCAUAUUUCCACAAUUGCUAAUACCCUUGGAAGAUUUAUUUUUGCUGUUGGAACCAAAAUGAAUUUUUACUAUGGUAGAUUUAUGUUUGAACAAAUUAUCAAGCAUGCAUCUACUAAUACAUUUAAGCUGUAUAUUGCCUUUCCCUCUAUGAUUUGUGGGAUUGUCCUGAAUCAACACCCUGGUGUUCUGAGUUCUAAUGACUUACCAAGUAGAAGAAAACCUGCUCUCUUGCUUACAACUGAUUAUGUACUUGGUUUUGUAACCCCUUAA